CACACAGCAAUCCAACAGUCCGACGUCCAACCGCAAGAUCCCACCCCACAGCCAAGAACACAAACAUCAUUCAUUCAUCAUCAUCAGAGACUUUCAUAAUUGCUCUCCACUUGGCCUUUCAUUCUGUCUUUUGUCGAGCCCAGCUUUCAAAGAAGCCACUCCAUAAUAGUUUUGUUUAUCGAGACCUCCAUGGAAUCCUGCAGUUCUGGACGCGUUCUUUCAAUACAAUCCCACGUGGUAUCUGGUUAUGUGGGUAACAAGGCGGCGGUUUUCCCACUCCAACUGCUGGGCUUUGAUGUAGAUCCCAUAAAUAGCGUCCAUUUCAGCAACCAUACUGGGUUCCCCAAUGGUUUUGAAGGAGACGUCCUUCAGGGAGAUCAGCUACGAGCCAUCAUGAAGGGCUUGGAACGCAAUGAUUUGUUGUCCGAUGUUGAACACCUCUUGACUGGAUACAUUGGGUCGGCAUCGUUCUUGAGUGCCGUCCUGGAUGUCCUCCAAAUAUUGAGAAAUCGCCCGAACGGGAAGAGGCUGCGAUAUGUCUGUGAUCCCGUACUGGGUGAUGUGGGCAGUGGUUUCUAUGUACCUCAGGAACUGGUGCAGCUAUUUCGCGACAAGGUGAUUCCAGAAGCCAAUGUCGUCACUCCCAAUCAAUUUGAAGCAGAGCAACUGACAGGGAUGACCUUAAAUUCCGUAGACGAUGUCAAAGUGGCGUGCAAGGCUCUUCAUGACAUUGGACCAAGCCUUGUGGUGAUUACAAGUGUUCUUUUGAAGGACGACAAAGACGAUACGAUAUCUGUGUAUGCCUCGAAGCGCGACGAGGAAAAGGAUACAACAGAAUUGUGGUGCAUCCAAUGUCCACAACUCCCGGGACGGUAUACUGGAACUGGUGAUCUUCUCUCGUCCCUCCUUCUAGGGCACUCAGCCAUUGAAAACAAUAUACCAAAAACAUUAGAGGUGGUAAUGAACACCAUGUCAGCCGUAAUCAAACGAACUUUAGAGCUUUCACCCGACAUUCCGCUUGACUCGGACCAUCCCAGAGAACUCCGUUUAAUUCAGUGCAAAGCUAUUAUUGAGAAUCCACCCAUAGAACUCAAAGCACAAAGAAUAGAGUGAAGUAGCAUACAAGUAACACAUCUUUUCAGCUAUUAUGUACUGUACCUGAAUGCUGCCCCUCUUGUGUGGCACAAGAAAGC